GGAGGAGGGAGAGGAGGAGGGAGAGAAGGGGGAGUGGGAGGCUGAUGAGGAGGGAUGCAGCCCAUCGCCGGGCAAGCUGGAAGGUGGGCAGCCGGAGGACCGGCUCCAGGGAGGUUAUAAAAGGCAGGAUCGGGACGCAGAAGGACCCGCAGCCUCCGCGCAGCCCCGCCACGCUCCUUCGCUUGACGCGCAGAGGAUUCUCUCCCCGACGGCAGAAGCAGCCCAGCAGGAGCGGGGACACCGCCAGCCAUGCCCCGGGAAGCUGGGCGCAGGGGCAGCUGAGGAUGGUGCCCAGCCUAUGUCCUGCCCUCCUCCUCCUCCUCCUGAAGGCCUUUCUCCUCUGGGAUAGCCGGGUUGCAGCCUCCACCCAGGAGCAGUACUGCGAGAGCCUGCCGCCUGUCACCAACCACACUGGUCCCCAGUGCAAUGCCUCAGUGGACCUGAUCGGCACAUGCUGGCCGCGGAGUGCGGUGGGACAGUUGGUGGCCCGGCCCUGCCCCGAGUACUUCUAUGGCGUGCGGUACAACACCACCAAUAAUGGGUACAGGGAAUGCCUCGCAAAUGGGAGCUGGGCAGCACGUGUCAACUACUCCCAGUGCCAGGAGAUCCUCAGUGAAGAGAGGAAGAGCAAGCUGCACUACCACAUUGCUGUCAUCAUCAACUACCUGGGCCACUGUGUUUCGCUGGGGGCCCUCCUCAUGGCCUUUGUCCUCUUCAUGCGCCUGCGGAGCAUCCGGUGCCUGAGAAACAUCAUCCACUGGAACCUGAUCACAGCCUUCAUCCUACGCAAUGCCACGUGGUUUGUGGUACAGCUCACCAUGAACCCAGAGGUGCAUGAGAGCAAUGUGGUUUGGUGCCGCUUGGUCACUGCUGCCUACAAUUACUUCCAUGUCACCAAUUUUUUCUGGAUGUUCGGCGAGGGUUGCUACCUGCACACGGCCAUCGUGCUCACCUAUUCCACAGACAAGCUCCGCAAGUGGAUGUUUAUCUGCAUCGGCUGGUGUAUCCCCUUUCCCAUCAUCGUUGCCUGGGCCAUUGGGAAGCUCUACUAUGACAAUGAGAAGUGCUGGUUUGGGAAACGAGCUGGAGUUUAUACUGACUACAUUUACCAAGGCCCCAUGAUCCUGGUGCUUCUGAUAAACUUCAUCUUUCUAUUUAACAUUGUCCGAAUCCUCAUGACAAAGCUCCGAGCUUCAACCACGUCCGAGACAAUCCAGUACAGGAAAGCAGUCAAGGCCACACUGGUGCUGCUGCCCUUGCUGGGGAUCACCUACAUGCUAUUCUUUGUCAACCCAGGGGAGGAUGAGAUCUCCAGGAUAGUCUUCAUCUACUUCAACUCCUUUCUAGAGUCUUUCCAGGGCUUCUUUGUCUCUGUCUUCUACUGCUUCCUGAACAGCGAGGUGCGAUCAGCUGUACGGAAGCGGUGGCAUCGGUGGCAGGACAAGCACUCCAUCCGUGCCCGCGUGGCAAGGGCCAUGUCAAUCCCCACCUCUCCAACCCGUGUAAGCUUCCACAGCAUCAAGCAAUCCACAGCUGUCUGAGCUGGGAGCAAAAGGCCUCACCAGGAGCCGACAUCCCCAUGUGGGGAGCAGCUGGGAGGUGGGCAUGGCACAGGAUCAGGUCCUGCCUGUGGCCCCUGGCCCCACAAGGAGAGCGUGAACUCACUCGGUCAUGGGACACCUGCACAGCUCUUGCCCCAUGUGCUGGGCAGGCCUGGAGGACAGGACAGCUGAGAUGCUGCUUUGUCAUCUUCCUGGCAGCUGUUUGACCUGCUGGCAUAGCAGAAAGAUACAGAAGAUCCAGGAGAGGUUGCAGCAGCUUUGUGCCAGCUUCAUCCUGGGCAUGAUGUCUCAUGUCACUGCCUUUAUUAGGUUUGUUGACUUUGAGGUGACAGGACAUUGCUGGGACAACUUAUGGGGCUAAUUCCCUGGGAAGCUGGGUCAGCCUUCCAUUGAGCACAUGCUGGAAUGUUGCUGGUGGGGGGGAAGAAUGCUCUAGAGGAGCCAAAGUCCUACGAGUUCGAAGGGCGUGGAUGGAGAGCCCUGGAGUGAUUCAAGACAUUGGUUCACAUGGCUAUGUUUUUGUAGCACUGGGGCUGAGUCAUUCCCCUGUCUCUUGCUGGGUCUCCAGAUGUCCUGUAACUACUGCUUGGUCUGACCAGGUCAUUUCUCAUCUUCACACCAAAAGCAGGGUAAAGCAAUGGGGUGGAAGAGGGGAGGGAACUCCCCUCCCAUGGAGAUGGAUCCUAGGGUCUCUGAACAGCCACACAGAGUGGACUUGAUCUGGAGGGAAGAACAGGAACUAGUUAAAUCCUCUGGUCCAGCCCAGAUGGAUCCACAGGUCUCUGCAAACUCCUGGACUUCAGGCUGAUUCCAUGUCCCUGCUCAGAGGGUGGAAAGGUGAGGGAGCCCUGCAGCAGGGCAGUGGUUGGGGUCCCCAAAGACAGCUACUGCAGGCACAGGCCCUGGCUCUGCCACCUCCUCAUUGCCCUGCUUUUACCUGGGCAGGUGGGCCCAGGGCCAAAGCUGCUCCUUGCUCUUGUGCAGGGGAUGGGCCAAACCAUCCCCACGUUGGGGUUAAGUGCCUUGGAGGAGCAGCAGCCUCCUUUCCUCCCUUCCUAUCUCCCUUCCCAUUCUAAAACCCCAGUUCCCUCUCUCCCAUUGCCCAUGUGGUCAUCGAAAGCAGCUGAGCAGAGAGGUCCAACCUUUUCCUUGUCCCAUACAAGGUCUGAGGAUGCCCAGGCAGGGUUAUGGACUGUCUGCCCUCUGCAUCCCAGGAAUUUUGCCAUUGGGGCUGUACAGGGUCUGGUGUGAGCCCCUUCACGCUUCUGUGCCUCAGUUUUCCUACUGUAAAGAACCAUAAAGGCAUAAAUGUUUCCCACCCUGGGGAGAUUUAAGCAUCAUUGAAAUUGCAGUAUUCUAUGAUAUCUUUGGGAUAUACCACAAGAAAUGAAUAAAAUCUUGCAUUUUUUUUAUUUAAAGGAAAGCAUAGGGAAAAACCUCUGAGUUCUUUCUUCAAACAUCUGUGAAAUUCAGUAGUUUGGAGUAAAUUCCUCCCCCUUCCCUCCCAUUUUGAUUUCCUACCUGCAUGUCCACAGUGCAGUCAAACUGGAAAUACCCCAUUUACUCAACGUGCUGGGAACAGCAACAGUUCCCAGUAUGGCACAGUGACCACAACGAAGGACCAUACCCUGCAUAUGGGGCAUGUUUCAGUCUUUGUUCAAGUUCACCCAGUGUCAAGAGUCCCAAAAACUGCCACUUCUUCAAAAUACAGGUGUGAAAAAGAUCCCUGGAAUUGUCCAAUGGGAAAAGUGACAGCUCCCAGUUCUAUGGACACUUCUGCUGGUGCCCUGUAAGGAGUAGACUUGUGUCUUCUGUGUCUUAGUGUCUUCGUUGGGUAUUUUGGCAGGAGCUAGUAAAGAUCUGCUAGCAAUGAAGAAGGGGAAAUGCCCCAGAGAGCUUUUUUCAUCAUCCCUGCAAGUAAUGUUGCCAAAAAAUUAUGUGCUACCUACUCAAUUUGGAUUUUUCUAAAGUGGGGAGUUUUGGUGGAAAGAAGCUGGAAAUUGAAAAGCCAAAGAAAGAAACCCAAACAAAAGCAUCUGUGUUCACAUCACUGUUUUACCCUUCUUCUCUUGGUGGUCUGCUCCAACUGACGUGACUUUAUUUUCCGUAGCUGGAGUGUGUAUUCUCUGUCUUAUUUGAUUAAAAAUACUUAAAUUCCUCUUA